AUGCCUUCUAGCACGCUUGUUUCCAAAGCCAAGCUGAUGGCAGAGCACAGCGAGAACAGCAACCAUCAACAGACUCACGACGCUCAUAUGGAGAACUCCAGGCUUGAGACUGAGACUCAUGAUGAAGUAUGUGAGAUCUUUCAACCUCGGCCGUCAACUCCAAGACGCUCGACUGAGCCCUUCUCUCCUUCACUCCUCAAUCCUCUCGGUCAACCUCGACAACGCAAUCGCUCCCCAUACUCUAGAGCCCAUUAUCGCUCACACUCUGGAUCUUCGCCAGCCGUGGCACCACCUAUGACACGAGCCCACUCUCUUCCAGCCGUGAUGUCACACAGCUCUCCUCCAACGCUUGUACCUACAGUGCCACUCCUACGGCCAUCGAGCCCGCUUCGUUCGCCUGUACGCGCUCGUAGCCCAUACCGACUGGGCGAAGACUCAUACUCUUACGCUGGAACGCCCAGUGUACCCGAUAUCUCAGAAGAUGCAGAGCUUGACCUCACACCCAAGGCCAUGCACAGCGAUCGAGGUGUAGCUUCAUUGCCUCUCUCGAAUUUCAACAUGAGUAACACAUUCCCACGCCGGCGCCGGCCCGCCUCACCUCUUCACCAAGUCGCAAGCGCGAACUCUAGCAACUCGUUUUAUAGUACACCAACAUCGUCAGCGAGCUCAUCUCCGAUGCUCUCUGCAAUCAAAUACAACGAACCAUUCCCAAUUGGCUUUCCUACUUCGCUCUCGUCCUCCGUACCUUCCACGCCAACAUCUACACGCUCCCGCUCUCCUAGUAUUUCCAGCUUGGAGACUAUCCCAGACACCCCAGAUGCCGAAGCCGAGGCCAUUGAGGAAGAUCGUAUCGCCAAGCUAAAAGCUAUUGAGGAGGGUCCUAGGAGAGGUAGUUUAGACGAACCGACUAAGCGGAUCAGCUUCACAAACCGAGACAAGAGAAAGCGUUGGAGUGUCUGCGGAGGCGAGAGACGGCAAGAUUUGGAUUUGGAGACGAUAUACGAGGACUGA